AUGGAUACUCCUACUGUCUCGAUAGACCAAUUUUUUGGAUUUUCCCUAACUUUCCCUCUUAUAAAGUUUAUAACUACGGCUGGAUUAUUAAUGGUAAUAAUAGGCGCUACUACUUUAUAA